AUGACCAAAAGGAGAAAAUCUUCGUUGUUAAAAUCACAACGAGAAUAUGAUGAACAAAUCUACUGGAAUGAUCGAUAUGAAGCGAAAUUGAAAAGAAAAUUUAAUCUGUUGAAAUCGUACCUGAAAAGCUUUCAUCGUCAAUCUCCUGUAUUAGAUAUUGGCUGUGGUCUAUCGAACAUUUUCGAUGAGUUAGCCGAUAAUUCUUUCUCCGGUCCAUUUAUUGGUACUGAUUACUCUCAAAUUGUCAUCAGUCAUUGCAAAAAGAUGAAGAAACCGUCGAAUUUUCAUUAUUUAAAAUUAGACAUGAUGCAAAAAUCGAAACCAUCGUUACCGUAUCAAUCUUUCGGUUUGAUUAUCGACAAAGCAACAACCGAUGGCAUUCUAUGUAAUCAAACGAAUCUCUCAAAGAUCGCGCAUUUAUAUGAACAUGUAUCCAAACUUCUCGCAUCGAAUGGUUUAUUCAUUCUUAUAACGAUAAAAACAGUUGACGAUGAACAGUGGUUCGAAGAUUGUCUGAUUCCAUCGCUGAUUCGAGGAAGUGAACACGAGCAUACAAAGUUUAUUAUUCAUUUUCAUCGUUGUAUGACUUACACAGAUGAAAGUGAAAAUGGUCCGAAUGUUUUUGUUAUUGUUAAAUAUGUUUGUAAAACGUAUUCGUUACGUUCAACAACAAAAUGUACGAAGCGUGAUUUGUCACAACUAGUAACAGUCAAAUGUUACUAG